AAUACUAGAGUAGCACAAUAUUUUAGACAAAUAUCCGUAGUGCAGUGUUGCGACAACUGACUCGGACAGCGACGUGUCUUGAUAUGAAAUGGUGAAUGACGUCUCUGGUGACUUUAAACAAACAGAUAUAUGGCCUUUAGUUUGAUGGCUGCUUGUAAACUUCGUCUGACACAGUGUAGUUGUCUUCGCUCUGGUAUUGUCUUCGUUGUUAUACUUAUCCACUGUCAGGAUGGACGGCAUGGGUCUGGCGGUCAGUCGUUCUCGCCUCGAGUUUGACAAUGUCGCACUCAAGAAACUUCUGUUGGAUACAUCAGAAGAGCCUGGUCCGCGAAGGCUGGAAGGAGCUUGUUUCUCCCGAGUAAAGCCGAAGCCAGUGGUCAAGCAUCGGUUCGUGGCAGUCUCAAUGAACGCCGCGAAGGUUCUGAACGGCCCGCUUGGUCCAGAGUAACUGAGCGGCUCCAAAGUAAUGCCAGGGUCCGAGCCUACCGCGCACUGCUACUGUGGUCACCAGUUCGGCUCGUUCGCCGGACAGCUGAGGGACGGGGCAGCCUGCUAUCUGGGUGAAGUUAAAGCUCCAGCUGACUAGAGGCCAGUGCUGCUCCGGGAGAACCCCAGUGUCCGGUGGGAGAUUCAGGUCAAGGGAGCUGGUCUGACUCCCUACUCCUGACAAGCUGACGGCCAUAAACCGCAGCGCUCCAGCAUAGAGUUUCUGUGCAGUGAGGCGGUGUUCGCUCUGGGGGUGCCCACUACCAGGGCAGGGUCACCUGACAGCAAUGUGGUACGAGACGUGUACUACAGAAGGUACCCCACUAAAGAGAGGUACUCUGUUGCCCUCUGCAUCGCACCCACCUUUAUCAGGUUCGGGUCCUUUGAGAUCUUUAAGGUGGCUGAUGAGAACACAAGCAGGCAGGGCCCCAGCUACGGCCACGAUGAGAUCAGAGGUCAGAUGAUGGAUUAUGUCAUAUAGAGCUUCUACCCAGAGAUCCAGCAGAACCACACAGACAGAGUGGAGAGGAAUGUGUCAUUCUUCAGAGAGACUCUAGGCCUACAUUGGAGCUCUCUCUAUCCUUUACCUUUUUGUUGUGGAGCCAAGGACACUGCUAUCUAUCCUCUUAUCCUGUUCAUCCCUGCUGUGACAGGAAGUCUUAAUACAGUGAUGCUGCGUACUGGUGGCCCAGUGGCAGUGUGUGGGCUUCUGCCAUGGAGUCUUCAACACAGACAACAUGAGCAUCCUGGGGCUCACACUAGACUAUGGCUUCAUGGACAGGUUCUGCAAUGCCUCAGACAACUCAGGCUGCUACACUUAUCAGGCCCAGCCUGCCGCUGGAACCUGGCUCGUCUGGCCGAGGCCUUGGACCCAGAGCUGCCCCCAGGCCGGGCAGAGGCUGUCCUGGAUGAGUACCUGCCCCUCUACACCUUCUACCUAGGCAACAUGAGGAGGAAGCUGGGCCUGCUGUGGAAGGAAGUGCCAGAGGAUGACACAACACAGAGACACCACUCGCCGUUCAGUGAGUUGACCAUGGUACUGCAUUUGGCCCAGAGCAACCCGUCCCUGUUCCAGAUGGUCUCGGAACGGAGGACGGUGACCAUGUAGCGGUGUGGCCCGAAGGAGCUGCUGGAGGUCGAGGCCAAGCACAGAGAGAACUGGGUCACCUCCUACAGCAAGCGUCUGGCUGAGGAAGUUGAGGGCCAAAGGGCUGUCCAGGCACUGCAGGAGGAGAGGGUGAAAGUGAUGAACGGCACCAACCCACAAUACGUCCUCAGGAACUACAUCGCUCAGAAUACAAUAGAGGCCGCCGAGAACGGAGACUUCUCUGAGGUCUAGCGGCUCUUGAAGGUUCUAGAAAAAACUUUCUCUACCCAGCCGGGUCUGGAGCAACUGAGUUGGCUGGACCAAGGGGUGGUGGAGGCGCAGGGAGAGAUGGAGCAGCAGGUGGCAGAAGCGGCAGCAUCCCAAAUGCGUGUUCCCUAUGACAGCAAGCCCCCAGUAUGGGCCAAUGACAUCUGUGUCACCUGAUGUUCCUUUCUGAUCACCCUUCCCUGACAGUCUACCCACCCAUAUGUACAAUAGAGACUGUCACUGUCUUUUCUUCCUUUGUUUACCUAUACCUCUCUCCUCAUACUCUCUUUACUUGGGUGGGUAAUGGCACGGAAGGUACAUUUUAAUGAGGUAAGAUGCUCCUAUGUUAACCACUCAGCCUAUAGAUAUGCAAGGUAAGGAUUUGUUAAGAGUUUUGGCACAUUUCACAAAGUACAACCCCAGAAAUCUGAAAUUACACCUUUUUUUGAUCUAAGUGAUAAUUACAUUUAUGGAAAUAUCACGUGUUCAGUUGAUUUGUAGUCUUUAUACAGAUGUCUCUGUAGAUCUGUGUAGCCUAUUGGCUGUCUGGUUAUGAAUGACAGCCCAGACGUUCAGUCCUACAAUGACCCAUCUGAGUCCGAGAGACUAGGAGUAUCACCUCUAUGUACCAAAUAAUGUGUGUAAAAGGGAAUGUACAUGAUUUACAUAUCAUCUGAAUUUUACAGAAUGAGUCACAUAAUGUGACUGAGCCACGAAGGACUUCAUACACAAGUAUAACAUAAAUGUCAACGUUGUAAAUGUCAUAGCAAUUGUAACACUGACCAUUUGGUGCUUCAUUGCACAAAUACUACUACACCACAUUGCAUCGUGUAGGUCAUGAUAACAUUCUAUGUAUUGCAUACAUUUUCCAGAAAGCUUCAAAACAGCCAUUGUUAACUAAAUAUUUGCCAAGGAAAUCAUGAGCAAUGGUUUUGUUUAAUUUCUUGGGAUAAAUUAUUUUUUAUGAAUUGAUAUGGAAAUUAUAUGUCAUGAUGCUGAAGAAAUGGCUUUUAUAGGGUGUUCCUUGGUAACUUUAAUUUCUUUGAAACGUUAAUAUUGUGGCCCAAAGUUGAGCUAUUUGUAACUUAAAUGUAAUGGACUGUUCAAUAUUCUAUUUUUGUAAGUUGGAAGAUUUUACUUAUGGCAAUUUUUGUAUAGGAAAACCAUAUGCACUACUCAAAUGGCUUCUCUUGGGCUCCAGGUAAAUUCUCUGAGGUACAUAUGAAUCAAACUCAUAAAUUAACGUUUCAACCACUGUGACCACCACCAUAUAUCUUUGUCAUUACCCCCUUCAAAACAUGUCAUACCAUGAGGAAUAGAGGCACCUCUGUCAGGUGACGGAUGAGCAAUAAUUCUGUUCAUAUUGAUCAGCAAGAUUUUACUUAUAAUAGAAUAGACUAUCCUAAAUUAUAACCUGUGGUGUUUUUAUUUAUUGAUUAUUAAUGUACAUAUGAAAUGUAUUAUCUUCUGAGCGCUUCCUCUAUAUGCGAACUGUAGUUGAUAAACUUGUACAAAAAUA